AUGGAAAAGAGCACAGUUUAUGAUUUUCUCUACAAAAGACUUCAGCAAGAUGCCGACAAAAAACCAAAGAGAAAACGGCUGACUCCAAAUGUUUAUAUGAUACCAGGACCACAAGAGCCUCUUCCUGGUCGUUCGCAUUUCGGAGAUUACUGGCCAGUUUUUCCAUUCCAUAAUCAAUUCUCUGGUGGCCUCGACUUGGAUCCUGCAAUCUCUCGAGAUUUGAAUAUCGCGGUACCGAUUCACGACACCACAACCAAAUUUGGCUAUUUGAACUACCCCGUCAACAUGUUGGAUUUAGAAAAAGAAGAUUUUGUGCGGCUCAUGAGCGACCCAUCGUUGGCGUACAACAGAAGUAGGUAA